UUCUCUUUACAGUUUUAUUAAUUUAUGGAGCCACCAAACAUUGAAAUUCCUAACGUUCCUCAAGAUGAUGUUAAUGUUGAAUCAAAACCAAAACCAAUUCUCACCCGAAAGAGGAAGAGUGGUCCAAUGAAUGUUCUUAGGGUGGCAAUUCUAAUGAUGAGAGGAAGUCCUAAAAAAUCAAACGUGACUCCUAAGAAAUCAAAUGUGACUCCUAAAGAUGAUGAAUCAAAGAAUGUUUGGAGCAAACUUGUCGGGUCAAUUAGACCGUUACAUCUUCAAAGUAACCAAUCCCCACGAUCAUGUAACCAAUCCCCACGAUCAUUUAGCGGUCAGAAAUUCAACCAAUUGAUCCCUCUGGCACCGGAUUCUCCUUCGUCUGAAUGUGGUGCCAGCAUGUUUACCGCAGAGGAGGAGCCUUAUUCGCCAUUGCAAAAGUCACCAUCGAUUAGCCGUUAUGCUUCGGCUGUAGGAUUGAACGAGCUCGUGAAAAGUGAGGCGACUAGCCGUUAUGCUUCGGCUGUAGGAUUGAACGAGCUUGUGCCAAGCGAUGAGGAGAAUGAGAAAGAGGAAGCGAUUGAGGACGAGGUUGGUGAAAAUGGGGAUGAGAAGAUUGAUGCUAAAGCUGAUGAGUUUAUUGCUCAAUUCUAUCAACAAAUGAGGUUGCAACGUUUGAAUAAUGUGAAUCGUCACUACAAAGAGCGAAGUCAAAGGUCAUUAGGACUUUAAUGAUCCUUGUGAACAUGUGUUUUGAAUCAUAAUAAUUUCAAAUCAAAUGCAA